UCAAACUGCGAAAUUUCUAAAAACCAAAACACACCCAAGCAAAAGCAAGUUGGUGUAAAAUAAUUCGUGUUUUCGGUGGAAAAUCAAUCAGUUACUCACCUGUAUCCUGUGUCCGAACGUUGCUCAGCACUGCCGGAAGAUGCUGUACCUGGAGGAUUAUCUGGAAAUGAUUGAGCAUUUGCCUCAAGAACUUCGCGAUAGGUUUACAGAAAUGCGAGAAAUGGAUCUCUCCGUACAAAACAACAUCGACUCGCUGGACAAACGGGCUCGCACACUGUUCCAGCAGUGCCGCCGGGGUGAACUGGUUGGCGGCCUAGCCGAUACCGAAUUUCACUCGAUCCGCAAGGACUACUACCGGGUCCUGGAAGACUCCGACGAAAAGGUACAGCUGGCCGGCCAAAUGUACGACCUGGUGGACCGGUAUCUCCGGCGGUUGGACAGUGAGCUGUACAAGUUCAAAUGUGAACUGGAGGCGGAUCACAAUGGCAUAACGGAGAUUCUGGAGAAACGCUCUUUGGAGCUGGACUCUUCCACCAGCAAUGGUGGCCUGAAUCAGAAGGAGAAUCGCUAUUUUGACACGUUGAGUGGAAUAUCGAGUGCUAUUUCGGGGUCCACUGCGGCUCGGGUGGAAAGUCGAUACAGCAUCAAGCCAGAAAAGCGUCGGGAAAGCAGCAUUCCGGUUCCGUCUUUGGUGGGUGCUCCACCGGAAAAGCGUCAGGCGGUGGCCACUGCCAGUGGAGGGAUAGUAAGUGGACCUGUAGUUCGACCGACAACGCCGAACAUUGCUGCGGCCAGUGAACCGUUCCAUAUGCUAUCACCGGCUACUUCCGUACCGCCGAGGGCUACCGCUUCGGUGGCCUACAAUCUGCAACAGUUUGGGGCGGGUAAUGCCAUAGCGGCGGCUGCCAGCCAGGCCAUAGCCCAAACGCAGCAGAUGCAACAGGGAAGGAGGACUGCCAGUUUGAAGGCUUCCUACGAAGCUAUCCAUGGAGCCGGCGGAACCGGAACUGGGCCCCACGACUUGCUGAUCAACAACAGGGAACUGGCCGGAGCGACCCACAACGCCCUGCAGGCGGUGGAACGGGAAACCAGCAACGCCUUCUCCAAUCAGCAGAGAAGACACCAGAAGAAGAAGCUGACGGCCAAUACUUCUGCUGCAGCUACACUGUUACAAGCACACCAGAAGCAGCUGCACUCAGCCGCGCUCAAUCCUAACUUGUCGUCCUCGUCUCUAGAUCUUUUAGAGUCGCCCGUUCCGGGAGUACUGUCGGGAGUGGGAGCAGGGACCGUUGGCGGCGGAGUCGGAGGCGGAAGCGUCGCUGUUGGUGCUGGUGGUGGUGUUGGUGGUGGUGGUGGUGCUGGUGGAGGAGGCAUCGGUGGAUCGUCUGCAUCUUCCAGCAGCGGUUCCGGCAUCGGUGUCGUUGGUGGCAGCAGUGGUGGUGUUAUCGGCGGCGUCGGUGGCGGUGUGACUGGUGGUGCCAGUUCUGGAGGAUCGGCACAUACCGCCCAUCAUCCAGGUGGUCCUCCGGUGGGGCCGAACGUGGUGCUCAACGAGAACGGAAUGGUGGUGGAGCAGACGGCCGAAGGCGAGUGGACGUACGAUCCCAACGAACCGCGGUACUGCAUCUGCAAUCAGGUUUCGUACGGCGAUAUGGUGGCAUGCGACAACGAGGAUUGCCCGUUCGAGUGGUUCCACUAUCCGUGUGUGAACAUCACCUCGACGCCCAAGGGCAAGUGGUACUGUCCACAGUGCAGCAGCUCGAUGAAGCGACGGGCCUCACGGAAGAACUAACGAUAGAGCACAGCGCAUCAUGACAGAGAUGAUACGAUAAUUUAGCAAACCAUCUUUCCCGUUUAUAUAUUACCCAUACACACCCUAUGACUCAAAUCUCCUUUAGUCUGUGUGUGUGUGUGUAUUUCCACUUUUUCGGCAGAUCUAAAUCAAUUAUAGUGUCCCUAUUUCAUAAGCGUUGGCGAAGGCCGCAUGAAUCGCGUCGCCCUUCGGCUACGAUGCUACUUCCAAUUAGUAAUUAAAUAUUGCAAAAAAGUGUUUAUCAUCAUCGGUCAGAAUUUCGAACAGUAUAUACAUAACAAGC